UCAACGCUUGUGUGAACACGUCGACCUGAAGACUUGAUUGGUUUAUUUGGCUGUUUUGGACUAACGAACCUCGGCAGAAGGAUGAAAGCUGCUUGUCUCUUCGCCACUCAGAUGCAUUUAUCCGGCGCUCCGGCUCUCAGCUCAGCCCCGGAGGGCAGGAUGGAGCAGCCCCCCCUCAGCAGCAGGCCUGUCCUGUGGAGACCGUGGCUCAUGACCGAUCAGGACUCGCAUACUGUGAGCCGGAGGAGCAAGCUCAUCUGCCCUUAUUCCCGACCAACGGUGCCAAGCAACACCAUGGCAGAUGGCAAAACUCAGCCUUUCCAGCACCCUGUCAGACUGUUCUGGCCAAAAUCCAAGUCAUAUGACUACCUCUACAGCGAUGGCGAAGCACUGCUGAGAAACUUCCCAGUCCAGGCAACCAUCUGCUUCUAUGACGAGUCUGACAGUGAGGAUGAGGACGAGGAACAGGAUGACUGGGAAGACGAAGAAGACGACGACGACAAAGAGUGCCUCAAACCUCAGCGCCAUUUUUGCAACUAUAACUGAAUUGUGAUCGAACUUUGUAACAAAUACACCCAAGGAACAUCAGACAUUGUGUCAGGACUGUCUAAUUGCUGAGAAAGCGUUCCAACCAAUCACAGCCUCCGUAGUUCUCUAUAUCGUCAAAAAAAACCCAAUUCCAAAUGGACAAGAGAACAUCUUCAGAACUGGAUGGUUUUCUGAACUGUAAUUUCCUCUGGGAAAUGUAUAACGGCAAUCAAAUGAUCCCACAUUGGGAUGAAUGUUUCCAAGAUGACUCAGGGUCUCUGCUUUUUGUAUGCAAGAUUCCUCAACCUUUAUUAUUUUAUUUCCUUGUCCCUAAUUUAUGUUGUAUAUACAUCUACAUCUAUAUAUAUUUAUGUCCUAUUUUUCUACUUUGGUGUAAAUUGCACAAUAAACCUAUAUAUAAGAAUGAAA